CGAUAAAGCUUAUCGCUGAACCGUCAAUGCAGUGAGCGACAGAGCUGCGCGAGUCGUUCCCCUUGCUCCGUAUCGGCCUGUACGCGCCGCUCGCGAACGCCCCAUCCCCGACAAAUGAAAACUCGCCGUAUAUACUGCCAAUUAUUCGAUUUUUUUAUUUGACAAAAAAUUUUUUGAACAUCAAAUAUAAAUACAAUUGAGGACCGGAGGCAACAGGGCGCUUCAGCCUGACGUUACUUAUGCCGGAUAUACGGCGCGUGGUGCAAAUGCCGGUCGCGCCGAUCGUGCCGGACGAGGAGUCGGGGACAACUCGCUUCAGGAGCAAGUAUCGUGUCGCGAGCGUUGUAAGGACUUUCGCUUUCUUCCUUAUACCAUUACUUUACUUUCUACUCGACGGAAGAGCCACCCAGCAGGGACAACGUGUCUAUACUAUAGAAGACGCUGGGGGCGAGGGGGUGUUGGCGUCCCGGCGUCUGUUAGCGGUGACAGGUCCCGGAGAGGAGGAGUCGGAGGUGUCGGCCCGCGGCUUGCGCCUCAACUGCACUCCGCCGGCCAUUCUCGAAUUCCCAUCAGAUGGCCUCACUCGGAUGCAGAGGAAAUCUGGCCUCAUCGUAGUGCACUGCGCGCUGGCCAUCUACUGCUGCCUGCUGCUCGCCGCGGUGUGCGAAGACUACUUCGUUCCGGCAAUCGAGAUCCUGUGUGCACGACUGCAGAUGUCU